AUGUCAAAUCGCAUUAAAAGCUUUUUCAAUAAAGAAGCCUUUGAUUUUUCAAAAGGUUACGUCGACCCCUUUCAGUUUCACAAAACUUGCUUCAUUUUACUGAAAGCGUUUCAAGUAUUCGACGAACCAAUACCAAAAUGGACAUACUUUUUUAGGUAUUUAUUGAAAUCCGUUAUUCUAUUUUGUGGUCUUAGUGCAUUAUCGAUCCUUGCAAUGGGAUUGUACCACGGAAUAGACGAACUGGAUAUAGUUUACUUAACUGAGUCUGGGACUUACUUUCUUAUCAUGAUCUACAAACUAUUAAUACUUUGGAGUACUAGAACGGACCUCCCGGAGUACCACAAGUUCCUAGAGAUUCUUAGAGAGGAUUUUCUAUUGGUAUGCUGUGGUGACUCAACAUACAGGAAGAAUUUUUUUAGAAAGCAACUUGAAACGUGGAAAUAUUGUUUGUAUUUUAUGAUAUUUAUAGGCAGUAUUGGUAUUUCAAUGAUGUUUAUCUCAAUUCUUCAACUCAUUCUAUGGUAUUCAACUGACCUUGCCACGGAACAAAGCAAACGACCAUUGAUUUUCCCGUUUUGGGCCUUCAAAACUGACUUCGGUAAAACUCCAAUAUAUGAAAUAAGUUUUGUAUAUGCCAAUGUUUGCGUUAGUGCUUACAUACUUAAUUAUUUAUUUAUGAUGAAAACUCAGAUAUUGUGGGUAAGAGAGAUAGCAACGAAAGCUGACAUGGUUAUUUGGAGUGUUGAAGAUCUAUUGAAAGGAGUUCAUCCCGCAACUAAGCAGAAUGAGAGAUAUUUUUCAGCUUUAAUUAAAUAUCGGAUGAGAAAGAUUGUUCAAAUGCAUCAAUCUAUGCUUGACCUAUUGAGAUAUUAUGCGAAAGUCUACACAAAAUUUUUAAUGUUUGAACAAAAAGUUUGCGCACCUGUGGUGUGUUUGAGUGCCUACUGUAUCACUAAGAGAUUAGAAGAGGGAGAGUUUAAUAUUGUACUGGCUUUGCUAUGCGCAGCAACAAUUAUAUCGGUAUUUGUACCAAGCUAUUUGUGUAGUUUUCUAGCAUUGAAGGUGAGUUCAAUUUGUUUCGCGUGCUGGAACACGCCAUUUUGGAAUGCAAAUCCGAUAAUCCGACCGUACUUAGUACUCAUUAUGCAAAGGUCUCUGAGACCAUUGCCCAUUAAAACCCCUGGAUUUGAAGAAGUGUCACUCCAAACAUUUUCAAAUAAAAUGGCUUCGGCGUAUUCAUUCUAUAAUAUGUUGAGGCAGGCUAACAUUUAAUAUAAUAUUAUAACAUGUAAAAAAUUGUUUUUUCUUGGAUGAUAUUGAAUAUUAAUUAUUUGUUUUUUCUUUU